AUGCUCGAAUACAUUUCUCUCUCCUCGCGAUUAGGCGUCUUCGCCCGUGGAUGGGGCUACACCACAAGGCCUCUACGCACACCUGCAACGGUCUUCAUGCGGAGGUGGCCAUGCCACGGGAAAACUUGGUGUGUAGCUCAAAGCCAGGCUACCGAACCGAAGUUGCAACAAGUUCUUGACUAUCUUUGUGGACAACUCGACUGCAAGGAAAUUCCACCUGGAGGAUCAUGCUUUAACCCUAACACUGUGCGAAAUCAUGCGUCUUAUGCUAUUGAUCUUAACUUUCAAAUUAAUGGUGUAUGCGAUAUUAGUUACGCUACUACUGCUAUCACAGAUCGAUCUUUCGGGACAUGUGUCUACCCAUAAGUAUAAAAAAAGUCGUAAUCAAACGACACAUUGAAGGGAAGAGCAUAUAUUUAAAAUUCUUGAAAGGUGAAAAGAAUGUAUAAAACAAUCAAAUAAGUGGGAAUAAAAUUUUCUUUUAGUCUUUACCUGUUUUGUGUUAUAUUAUACUCUGUGUAUGCUAAGAACAUCGUAU